AUGGCUUCAAAUCCUCCAUUUCAGGUGGAGGAUACUAACGAAGAUUUCUUUGAUAAAUUGGUCAAUGAUGGCGAUGAUGAUUAUACGCUGGUUUGGAGGAGCCUUUUGGAUUCUAUGGCUAGUUGGGAUCAUGGAUCUGGAGGUGCUCCUGGUGUUAAGGAGGUGUGGUGGACAACUUUUGCUACCGAACCUGCUGAGAAUGAUGGUAAUGGGUUUGGAUCCUACAAUGAUUUUUUCACUGAAUUUGGAGAUAGUUAUGUGGAUCAAAUAGGGAAAGGUUGUAACUUGGUUAGUCAGAAACAAAAUGUUGUGUUAAGCAGCAACAAUGUAAUAGAUGAUUCCAUGCAUAGGAAGAAUGUUUAUGAUUACUCAAAUCAAUUUCAAGACGUCUAG